AUGGCGUAUAAAUUUCGCUCAAUUCUCGUCAUCAUCCUAGCGACUCUUUUCGUUUUUCAGUUAAUUCUUUAUUUCUACAGCAGUGGCAGUUUGAAAGGUGUUCACAAAUGGAGGAGACGAAUUUGUGAUUGUGAAAAUGAGCAGAACUGUUACUCACAUCCACAAGAUGAUGCUCAAUGUGGAAAGUGUUUCUAUUGCAAUAAAGAUAAAAUACAUCAACUCGAGCCAAUCACUGCUGAAACAGCGAUCAUGAUUGUCACAAAUGAAGACCGAAUGAGUCAAUUGCUCGUCUUGAUCAGCUCGAUUCAUAAAUAUUAUCCAGAAAGGAAGAUAUUAAUCUAUAACAAUUACUUAUCACCAAAAACAGCCAUUCGAACAAAGCUGACAGGAGUUCGAAAUGUGGAAAUGUUCGAAGCAUUCGAUAUCCCAGGUCUUCUCUCAAGCCAACCGCUCAACAAUUUUGCAUUCACUCCUUUCUAUAUUAUGCAUGCAUUGGCUCAAUACUCAAACGUUUUACUCAUUUGGGAUGGGAUGGAGAUUUUGUCGGACAAAUUGGAGCCUUUACUCUUGGAGAACAAGAAUCCGAUUACACUUUUUGGAAAACAAUCACUCGAUGAUCCGCAACUUCUCGGGUUUUCUGCUUUCUUCCCAAUGGCUCAAUUUUAUCCAAAGAAUUUCACCGUCGCUCAUUUCAAAGACGGGAGUCGAAGCAUUAUUGAAUGGUUGAUGAAAUGCGGUGGUACAACGGAUUGUUACGAUUGUCGGAAUGUGAAAGGAUACGCGAUCGAUUGUUUGCCAUUUCUGCUUGCAAGGCUCUCUGGUUUG